AUGAAUACACACAGGGGAUCCCUGAUCCCUCGGGAAGUGGAGACUCCAAAGGAGUUGCAGCUACGGGUGGUUCCUUUGGAGCUGAAGUUCCAGGACACCGUGGCGGGGAAGGUGUACCGCCAGUCAAUUACUCUUCACAAUCUUGGCCGCAGCAACCAGAAGAUCCGGUUUCUGGAGCCGAUCAACCAACAGUUCAAAGUGAUUUUCCCUAGUAUGGAGAAAGAACUUGCUUCAGGACUUCAUAUUACAGCUAUGGUGGAAUAUCAUCCAAAUAAAGAUGAAAACACUUUUGACCAACUAUAUAUUGUCGUAGGAAACAAAGCAAUAGAGAUCCCUCUUACUGGGUUGAUUCCAUGCUGUGAUUUGGAAAUUGAGCCAGAGGUUAAUUUUGGGACUUUGGUUGCCAAUAGUAAAGUGCAUUGUAAAGAGGUUAGAAUCACUAAUCAUGGCAAGGUUCAAGGUAUGUUUACCAUGGAAUACCGGGGCCCAUUACCAAUUGUCAUUUCUCCAACUAAUGGUGUUGUGGCGCCCAAGUCCUCAAAGACUGUUAAAGUGGAUUUCUGUGCAGACCAGCCCAGAGUUGUAAAUGAAGUGGCAAAAGUGAGAUUGCAAGGUCGUCCACCCAUGCUCGUGAAUAUCAAAGUUCAUGUGGUUGAACAGAUUAUUGAACUAUUAAACAUAAAUGAUAAUACAAAGGUGGAAUGCAUACGUUUUGGCUGUAUUUACUUUGGAACAUCAAAGAUUGAGCAUGCACUUCUAUACAAUAAUAGCCCAGAAUCUGUAAAUUGGGUGGCUGUAAUACAAAAUGAUUCUGUUGGAGAAGAAUUGGGUACAAAUACUCAACAAAGAACAGAUGUUGCUAUACAUAAUCUCACCUACUUCAGACAAAUAAAGAACAUAGAUGUUACCACUUUUAUCUCCUGUUUUCCUAAUGACGGGACUUUACUGCCUUAUCAAAAGAUUAAAAUUACAUUUUGUUUCAGCCCAAAGAUAACAGGCGAUAACAGAAUGGAUGAUGAUCCUGCACACAGGCAAGACUAUGCCGUCUUUUUGAGAUUUGACACUGUAGGAAGUAAGGAUGGGUUUUUGAGAGAUGAUAACACUAAAGCCAACAAAACUGAUCGAUUUGAGAAAGUGGAAUUAGCAAUAACAGGCUCAGGACUUCCUGUUGUACUACAGUUUGAUUUAGGAACCAUUCUUAAUUUUGCACCUUGUUCCAUGGGUGAACGGUCAGAGGUUGCAUUUAUUAUGGAAAAUCGCAGCAAAUUACUUCCUGUGAUAUACCACUUUAAAAAAAUUGCAAAUUUUAGAAUUGACCCUGAAAGGGGCAAGCUUGGUGAAAGAUGUAUGCAGAAAGUGAUAUGCUCAUUCAUUCCACAUCAGUAUGGAGUCUUUAAAGUGAAGCAAUUCAUAGAGUUUAUUGGCCCAGUGGCAGAUAAAAGUUGUCAUUCUUUAUCACUAAAGCCUUUUCAUCAAAUAUAUUUAAUAUUCAAGAGCACCUGCAAAGCUUCCACCAAGCAUAUUGCGAUGAAAAUUAAUCCUGGCAUACCCCCUUCGACCAGUAAUUCUACAGAACAGACUAUGGUCAAAGAUUUGGUAAGAAGCAAGGAAUGUGCACCUCUUGCAAUACUUCCAUCGGCCAAGACAACCAUUCAGAGUCAUCACUUGAGUACAGAGUCCGUGAAGGUGGCGCAGAUACCCUUUCCCAAUGAGCAAGCUGCAAGUAUCAGGCCCAGAAAGCAGGAUAAACAGUUCAGGAAAAUUUCCACAAUGAGACCAAGACUGAGCUAUGUGGAUCCUGAAUAUACAUAUACUAAUUCUGAAAUCUUAAAAAAGAAAGCAAAUGAGGACUAUUAUAAAAAAUACAUUGAUUAUUUAAGAAAUAGGCGCCUGCAGAAACAAGGAGAAAGGAAAGAUGAGGAUUCAUAUGACGAUGAAGACAUAAGAUUAGACCCAAAGUCAGGUCUAAAGUCACCCUCACUCUCAGAAUCGGAAAUAGAAGAGGACCCAUCUCCAGCAGAUUGUGAGCCUGAACCUCACCAACUGCUAUGUACCAGAAAUAUGGAAUCCAGGGAAACAAAUGCUCUAGAAAGGAAGGUUCUCAAAGGACUUAAGUCGAAACCGUCCACACCUAAUGAAAUACGUGACUGCAGCUUAAUGUUGACACCAAGGCAAAUUCACCAAGUAAUUGUUGGGCCCUCUGUCCUUAAUUUUGGUGACAUUUGUGUUCACUCCAUAAAUACUCACAAACUGCACGUUGUUAAUAUGCUACCAAGGCAUGUUUUGAUCAAGUUAGAUGUUAAUUUGAAAGAACUUCAAAAAACCAAACAAUUUUCAUAUGUGAUUCCACCUUCAUCCAGCACUUACAUUUCAAUGAUUUUUCACUCUCCCACUGCUGGAAAAUAUUGGAAGUCUUUCACCUUUACAGUGAACAGUAUACCUGGGGGGCACCUCCUAGUGAUGGCGGUUGUCAUGCCAGUGAGACUUGAGCUAUCUUCUAACCAGCUAGUGUUAAAACCACAUGGCUUCUUGUUACAGACAUAUUUUAGAGGGACAGUUAACUUGUCUAAUCAUCAGAACUAUUUGGUUCGCUUUCAAUGGAUGCCAGUAAACACAGAAAAAGGAAUAGCAUUUUCUAUGUGUCCAGCACAAGGCACUGUGGAUCCAUUCUCCUCACUGGAAUGUGAAGUGACGUGGCAUCCUGGUUUCAGUUCUCCACAAAAGGGACAAUUUGUUCUUCACGUUGAUGAAGGAAACACGAUGAUACUAAACUGUGUUGUAAAAGUGGGUGAAGCCAAGGUCUUAUUUUUGGAGCCAAGGAUACUCUUCUACGAUAGCCCUCAAGGUUUAACAACUUGGAGGAAAAUUGUUCUUCAUAAUGUAGGACAAACCCAUGCUUUUUACAAGGUUCGCAGAAACAGUCUUUUGUCUGUGCUUAAUAUUGUUCCACCAGAAGGAAUAAUUCCAUUUGGGGGGCUCAGUACCAUUUAUAUGACCUACACACCUAACACAACAGACAAAUUUCAAGCAAGAGUAAAGAUUGCUAUUCGCCGUGGAAGUGAUGUAGAAAUUAGGGUUAGUGGAAGUGCUGAAGUUGCCGAUGUCGAAAUCAAACCGAACGUAUUUUUCUUCAGUGGAACCUUUAUCGGUGGUACCCAGGUUAUUCCAUUUAUAGUCAAAAACAAAACUAUAACACGUGUGAGAGUGGAGUUUAAUUUAGAAGGCCAUCCUUGUUUUUCAAUGAUUUUUAAAAAUCAAGCAGGGAACUACACAGACCCUGAUCAUCCUAAACUGUAUUGUAUAGAGAUAGAAGGAAAGAAAUCUAUGCAAUGUGGCAUAGCAUUUUCACCUGAUGAAGUGAGAGUAUAUGAAUUUUGCUUUCAAGUUCGAAUUAAUUUCUACGAAUCUUCAGAACUGUACACUGAAAAUCAUGUGUUAAAUGCUCCUAUACCUCCAAAUACAGUACCACUUAUUCAACCAUGUUAUGUUCAAGCUGUUGUAUUGCAAGCACCAGUGAAAUUAUCCAAGAAUGAAUUUACAUUUAAUAUUGUGCCAAGUACUGUGAAUACCAUGGAAAAUGUCAGAAAAACUCAGAAGUUUUUCUUACGUAAUUUGUCAAAAAGAAACGUGGAUUGGGCUUUCAAUAUUAGUAAAAGUGGCAAACUUUUCAAAGAUGGAGUAUUCACAUUUAGUGAACUGAGUGGGACUCUGCAACCAUAUGAACAGUAUAAUGUUUCCAUAACGUUUUGUCCAGAUCGUCCUACAAAAUACACAGCUGACAUUCCUGUACAUUUAAAUAAUAACCCAACUUGCUAUCAAGUGAUUCACUUGACUGGGGAGAUAAAAUCACCCAAGAUAUUGUUUGACCCUCCGUACAUAUUUCUCACCUCUGUUCCUUUGGAAGUAGCAGCUGUGAUGAAUGUCAAGAUUAUACCUCAAAAUUAUUACAGAGAUGCAAUUUUAAGUGUCACGGUUCCCCCAAUAAUCCUUCAUGAUGAGGAGGAGGAGGAAGAGGAGGAGGAGGAGGAGGAGAAGAAGGAGGAGGGGCAUGACUCCCUUUGUGUGCAUUUUCCCAAAGGCAAAACCAUCAAAGGCUCUCCCAGUGGGAUCAACACUGAGCUUACCUGCCAAGUCAGCUUCCAGGCAUCUAAACCUGUGUCAUUUUUCACCAAUAUUGUUUUCAAUGACAACAGAGAUAACGAGUUUUCAUUACCGGUUACUGGCACAGCAGAAAACUGCAUUCUUACUAUUUACCCGCAUCUGGCAAUUUAUCUUAAUAAUAAUAACCCUAUAUUAUACAAUUGUGGUAAGGAUCCCAGUCCUGUAAAGACUAGAGACAAUACUUCACUUCCCCAAAAACAUCUACUAUCCUCUUCUGGUCCUAAAUGUAGUGAUGCUGAGCCUGAGAAGAGAUUAUUUGUUGAAAUGGAACCAUCAUCUGAAGCAUUGAACUUGGAAGAAAGUGACUCAAAGGAAGGUGAAAGUUUGAUGGAAAGCGAGGAGGAAGUUCAGCAAUGUUUUCCUGAACCAGGAACAGAGACGUACAAGUUCUUUCAGCAGGUUGUAAAUGCAGCUCAGACCUGGUUCAGCCUCUUUGGCUGGCCUGGAGGACCACAUACUUUUUCUAUACCGGAGAGUAUAAGAAGGGAUGUGUGUAAAAUACAAACCCACACAGGACUCCUAUCACACGAAGACAUUCCCAAACCGAGUGACUCUUUAAAAUAUAAUAAAACUAUUUAUGAUGUGAUACACCACUUGAGUGGAAAAAUGCCAGAAGGAGUUCAUCCUAGUCAGUCUUUACCUGAGGACCACACUGAAAGAGUGAUUCAACUUUAUAAGCAACAUUCCUCAGUUCUUAACUUUCUCAGUGCAAAAGGAGCAUAUAUUGCUCAUAUAUUGCCAGAAUUUCUACUUGAACCAGAAGAUUAUAAGAAGUGGAUUGAACUUAGAGAAAAGCAACGUUUUACUAUAGAUAUGGCCAUUUUUGAAAACUGGAGUAAACGGUCAUGGACAGAUUUAUUCCUUCAACUAUACAAGGUUCUGAUACUAACUCGGGUUGUACCACACAGUGGUAAAGAUUUGCCCCCUAUACAUUUGUGUGAUUCACCAAAAGUCAAUCCUUCUUUUGAAUAUAGCAACAUUUAUUCUGACUAUGAAAAAAUUCUGCUCAGUUGGCUGAACACAUAUUAUGAGAAUACCCGAAAUAUUAUAUGGCAAAACUGUAACAAAGGUGUUCCCAAGGAAAGAUGGAUAUUAAAUUUUGACACAGACCUUUCAGAUGGCCUUGUUUUUGCCACACUGUUGGGAGGCUAUUGCCCAUUUCUGAUUGAGCGUUAUUUUGUAAGUAUGUACACACGACCAAAAACUAUUGAACAGAUUUUUCACAAUUCCCUGAUGGUUGUGAAUAGCCUUCUUGAAAUUGGCCUUACCAUGGGCAUAAAGGCUACUGACAUCUGUGACCCUAAUCCAAUCCUGAUGCUCAUGUUUUGUGUCUUCUUAUAUGAAAAACUCCCUCAAUUUGUCCCCAAGGAAGUGGUGAUCUUUAAUUGUACUCUACAUGAAGCUAUGAUAAAAUCGAUUAAAGUGCGAAAUUCAAGCCGUAAAGCCAUAGUAUAUAAAAUGACAUUUAUUGGAAGAGAUGCCACUGAUUUCUCCCUUCACAUGUCAGAGAAUAUUGUGACAAUUCCUGCAGGAGGCCACAUCAUUGUCACUGUGCUGUUCGCUAGUCGCUUCCUUCAUCCCGCUGAAGCUUCACUGAUGUUACUUUCAAAAUCUAAGCUUGAAGUCGGAAGCACUGCAAUGAUUUAUGCCCUUAAAGGUGAAGUCCACGAAUUUCAUCCUAUUGAAACUAUAAAAUGCAAAACUCCAUGUUAUCAAUGGAAAGAUAUCACUGUGAAUGUUACAAACCCCUUCCAUACUGCUGGGGACUUCAAUGUCAUUGUGGUGGAAUCCUCAACACUCAUCUCCUUGACAUCCAAAUUAAAUGCAUCUAGACAAUUCAUUAGCCAAAGGAAUCAGAGCUAUGAAGAUGAUACUUCAGAAGACUAUUAUCGAGCCCCCAAAAUCUUAAAAACCUCAAUUAGGUCCAGUUUUGUCAGAGAGUUCUUCUGCUCCCCAACUAUCCACCUAAGAGUGAAAGAGCCUUCCAGAUUGGUGCUCUCCUUUGUUCCCUUUGACAUGCAGAAACGCUACUGUGUCAUCAUUCUCAGCAAUAGGGAGAUUGGAGAAUUAAUAUACGCUGUGGAAGGAAGAGUUACAGUCCCAUUGCCUUCCCGCCUACCUAUAAGGACUGCCUCACUUUUACAGAGUAAUAAGUACAAAUACCCUCCAGAAGAUUUUAAUGGGGAAGAUUCAGUUCUGUAUUUGAAAUGCAAACCCAGAGAAACAAUGGAUGUGGAGCUCAUAUUACCACUGACUAAUGAGGCCAAGGAAAAGGCAUUGGCCUUCGCUGCACAGAGGCAGAUGUCUGACGUAGAGUACCAGCGAAGGCUGCUCACCGGCACUCUGGAGAGCAGUAGCAUCCGUGUGGCCAUCGCCCUCCUGGGGCUGACCAGGGUUGAGACUUCGAGGCUCUUUAAUAUCUCAAAGUUAAAGCAGCCUAAGUUCAUUUCAUACGUAACAAGUGUGAGCCUUCCAGGAUAUUUUGAAGUCCCCAAGGAAAUCUACAUUCCUCAGCAUCCAGAAAUUCAAACUGAAGGGCGUAAAUCUUCAAGUAAAAAAAUUCCAGAUGGAUCUUUUGUAAUUUCUUUACGAUUUACUCCUGCACCUCCUGGGCGCUACCCUUGCCAAAUUUUGUUGGUGUCAAACUAUGAUGUACGUCUGUAUUAUGUUGAAGGUGUGGUGGCUGAUGAGUAUCCAGCCACUGGAAUUAAAUUUGAAACACCCACAUUUCAAACCCUUACCCAGAAAAUUCCAAUAACUAAUAGAACCAAGAAGGAAUGCAAAUAUCGUGUGACUAUAGAAGGAGAAACAUUUGAUGGACCUCCUGAAGUAUCUGUUAGACCAGGAGAAACUUUAGAGUACCCUCUCACAUUCAAACCUGUUUUGGAACGUGAGGUUAUGGGCAAACUUACUGUAGAAAAUAAAACAGAUGGUAUGGAGCAUAUCUUUGCCUUGAAAGGGAUUGGCAAAAGACCCGUGGCCUUGGAACGCAUCGUUGCAAACUGUAAUGUGGGAGUCCAAGAAGAUAGAACCAUAAUGGUGCCUAAUUAUGAAAAGGACAUGGUAAUAUACAAGGUAUCUUCAAAUCUUCCAAUACUGUGGGGAGAAAGACAAAUCACCAUAGAGCCUGCUGAUAGAGUUCCAUAUGUUGUACACAUAAGGUCUUUGAAAAGUGGAAUAUUCAAAGGUAAACUUGUAUUUUCCAUUAAAAGCAGUCAAGAUGAUGAUUCUGACAGUGAUUCAGUUCUAGGACGAGAUCAAGAUCAAGAGCAAAUUCAGAGUCAAGCUAUAGUACCUGUUCUCUGGAAAACAAUGUCAGAAAUAUACCAAAAGCUUGAUGAGGAAGACCCAGGUGAUGUUAGAAAUUUACGAGUCUGGUAUGAUUUUGAAAUCCAUAUUCAUCCUGAGGGACCUGUACAUAUUAUUGAAAUAAAAUGUACUGCUUUGGAAAGUGUUUGGUUUGAAAUACCUCUACGUAAUGUAAAAGAGAUAAGUCUUCAGAUACAAGUGAAGUUUUCAACUCCUGCCCUUAGUGGACUCAGGGAAUUUGUGAUGAAUUCACAAGAUUGUAUCGACUAUGCUGUAUGCUAUAUUCCAUCAGCUGUAGGCUGUAGAAGUGAAAGCAUUAUUUUUCAGCCUGAUAAGGCUCUAGAGUUCUGGUAUUUAGUGAAAUUUACUGUCGAAUUACCAAAACCAACCAUAAUGCCAGAAGUGCAGUGUGACCUUGGAAAGUACACCAUUCAGACCAUAUCUUUAGUUAAUCCUACACAUGAAACCUUAAAAUUGCAAGUAAGAAGCAGUAAUCCUUUUAAUUUUAUCCUGGAAACUCACAAACCACCACUGAUCAUACCUCCUAACUGCACCGAAGAGGUACCUGUCCGCUAUCGUCCUUCUGUUCUUGGCAGAACUGGUCAGCAAGCUUCCAUUAUCUUCCAAUGUGCUCAGUUUAAAGAAUGGAAGUUCCUCCUUUCUGGAGUAGGACUGUUUCCCCAGCCGCUUGAAGUAGAAACAAUGACCACGUUCCUUAAUAGAGUGGCAAUCACUGUUAUAACUUUCGAAAAUCCCACCAAGGAAAAUGUUUUUGUCGAUGCCCUACUAACAAGUCGGCAAAUGCCCAAGAAUGUCAUCCUUGGCAUUAAGUGCGAUAGCUUCCUCAUUGAGACUCCUGUCUUCAGUCUUAGGUUGAGUCCCACACGAGGAAUACCAUUGCCUCCUAGAGGGAUUAUUGAUAUCCCAGUGCUUUUUACUCCCAGCAUUGUAAAAUUAAAGAAAACAAUGCUCGUUGUUCAAAUGAUAAGGGCCGAUGGGGAAAAAUGGACUAUUGACAAUUUUGAUGAAUUGAGUACAGACAUGAAAAGAUUUAUUGGAGUAGACAGUGGAGAAAUCCAAGCAAUACGAUGGAUAUACCCUAUUAUUGGACUCCCAGAGGCGAAACAUGAAGGAUUCGUUCCAGUUGUCAUACAAUGUCAGGCCAAGAAACGGGUAAAAGAGAAGGUACAGGUCGCACUGGCUGGUGAUUUUUCAGGAAGCAAUCCUAUCUUACGUAAAUCAGAUUUUACAGUGUUUGCAAAAAAACGUUCAUAUUCAUCUUACGAAGAUAUUAAUGUUCUGCCUUUAAAACGUGAAUUUGAAUAUGAACUUAUAUUUAAAUCUGAAAAAAUGAAGUCUGAGUUAAAGCCCUGCGUGACUAUAUCUAUGACAAAGAAAUGUUAUCAUAUCAAGACUCAGAUGAUAACAUUGGAGUUUGACCUGGUAUUUUCACCAAAGAAACCAUUGAGGUCUCAAGUUAUACUGAGGAUAGAGUGCAAAACGGAUGGGGUCUGGAACUUUCCCAUAACAUUGAUUGCUACUGAGCCUGAUGUGGAUGGUGUCAUUAAUGUUGCAGGGACUCGUUUAUUGAAGGAAGCUGUUACUAAAGUAUGGCUGUCAGGUGGGAAAAGAUAUGCUGAUCCAUUCACUGCAUACUUCCUACCUGGUAGUGAUCCUGAGUUCUUCGUAAAACCUCAGGCUGGAGAAAUUCCUCCUAGUAACACUGAUAGAAUUGUCCUCACUGUGGGUUAUACACCCAAAACAUAUGGUAGGAACUACAGAGCAAAAUUAGUAAUACAGACAGAGGAUAGGUACUAUUUGUAUGCUGUCAAUGGAUUUCCUGAAGUCAUUGGGCCACCAAUGAAUGUAAAAGCCAAAAUUGACACAACUAACAAGAAGUUUGAUGAAAGGCCAAUUCAUCGGCAAAAUUUUAUCACUGAAAAUGCUAAGCUCCUAAGUACGGGGGUGUCAUCUACCAUCAAGGGUGCCCCUUUGAUGCUGAAGAAAAAAUAA